AUGGUGCCUUUCCCUGUGCAAGGCAGUAUCAAUCCUCUUAUGAAUUUGGCUCACCUCCUCUCUUCAAGAGGAGUUUUCAUCACUUUCGUAAACACAGAGUGGAGCCACAACCGCAUGUCAAGAGCAGCUGCAACUGCCACCUCCACAUUUAAGUUUCUCAUCAUUCCAGAUGGGUUGCCACCUCAUCAUAACCGUCUCUCCUAUCUUCCCGAGUAUGCGAUGGCAUUGGAAAAUCUUGGCCCCAUCUUGGAGCAUCAUUUGUUGUGCAGCUUAUCGGACGGAGCUCCUCCAAUCACUUACAUUAUAAUGAAAAAUUUCAUGUCUUGCACUCACCAUGUAACCAACAAGCUGGAAGUGCCUUGA